AUGAAGCUAUUAUUAAUGAUCCUGGCGGGAGUGCUCGCCAUCGUUAAUACAAAGUUGCAAAGAAUCAAUGCUCAAGGUACGCUCUCUUGUUUUGGCAAGCCGGUGCAUGGGGCCACGGUGGAACUUUGGGAGAGAAAUGAGAAAGGUCCCAACGAUCUUCUUGCAACGACCACAUCCAAAAACGGCACUUACUCUCUGGAUGGAAGUGAGGAUGAGGAGGGCGCCCUUGAACCAUUCCUUGUGAUUAUACACAACUGCAAUGUGACAUGUAAGGGCUGUCAUCAGUCUUUGGUGUAUGAGCUCAGAGAUUCGUGUCGGUGCAAGAAGACGAUAACCCAUAAAUCUUUUGGUUUGUCAGAGAUGCGGCUGGAAACGGAAAAAUGGCUAGCUCGUUAA